AUGGAGAGAACAUGAGUCGUGGAUGCGAAUUUGGCAGCUGCGAUACAAGGAGCAGCAUUACAGCAGGUUGCUGCGAGUCGAGCAUUACUAUUGCGCAAUCCUCUGGCUCAAGCGAUAGCAGUUAGAAAUUUGCAGGGUCUUAGUGUACAAGGUCAGUUAGCAGCAAUUGGUGCCCAGCAGCAACUUUCCUUCUUGAAUCCAGCUAUAGCUGCUCAGCUGCAAGGGCAGAGUCUUCUUUUGAGUGCUGCCCAACUACCACAAGCAACUCAACAAGUUCCACAAGCUUAUGAUCCAGCAGCAUUGCUAACUGAGCAAGCUCGUCUGCAGUUCGUCACUUCUCAAGGUGCAAAUCCUGCUUUUAUGGCUGCAGCUGCAGCUAGAAAUGCUGCAACAGCAGGAACCCCUGCGAUCGGCGAACAAUAUCUUGGUUCAGCUUUGACAGCUGCAAUACCUGGUUAUCCUGCUGUUGCUGCGAAUACUUAUCGAGCACUUACACGUUUUGCUCCAUAUUGA